AAUGGAAUUGAUUCAUCUUGAAUUCAUCAUUCGUAUUAAGUUAAUCAACUCAACAACAAUCAAAGUAAAAUGAAUUUUACUCAUCUUGUUACCUUCUCUCUUCUCAUGGUGUUGAUCGUCAACAACGGUCAAUGUGCUUCUAUUUUAGCUGCUAAGCCUGUUGAUGAUAAAGCCGAUAGUUCAAUCGUGCUAAAUUAUCAUUAUGUUGAAGAUCGGGAAGAUUUCGUUUUACUCAAUUUAAACGCUACAGAAACUGGACCAAAACAAAUAGAAGAGUGUAGUUUGUCACUGCAAAGUCAACGCGAAGUCAAUGGUAAAUUAUACUGGAGCUCAGCUUUCGAUUAUUCUGUUAUCCAUAGUUCUCGACCUGAGUCCGAGAACAAGGUUAUUUUCAGUGUGUUGGUCAAAGAUGUAAAACCGUUUCCGAAUGUUCGAUUCGCAGUUCGCUGUACGUACUCUGAUGGUACAGCUCCUCAGACAAAUUAUCUAAACAUCAACAAGAACUUGAGGGCUCAAUAAUGGACCAAUUUUCGAUACACGAUUUACUAUAAUUAUCUUAUUGCCACGAAUUAAUUUCAGUAGGCUGUAUCACUAAUGUUCACUUUCACAUCGUUGUUUCCUUUGAUGUUGAUUUUAUGAAUUUGAAACAAUAAAAAAUUGAAGUUUAAGUUUGA